AUGUUGGUCAUAUGGACGAUGGGUCUCAGCAGGUCACUAUCUCCAUCUCACCAUCGCCUUCAACUAUCGUCUUCAACUGUCACCACCAUCCACUGGUUUCGCAUUCUCCAUCACCACCAUAAACAUGAAAGAAACGCGAGAAAUACACACGGGCAUUUCAUGGGUGCUUCAUCUACAUAUGUUUACAGAAGGAGGAUCUUGUCGAUAUUAAGGAACGCAAACUCAUAUUUUUAUGCAUUUCAACCAAGAGGAGGAUGGAUUAAUAGUGAUGAAUCUAGAUCCUGAUUAACAUGUGGUCGCCAAAUGGAAAAGAAUGAAAAACCAUAUUAGGGGAAUGUUGUAUGAUAUGUAUUUAUUGAGAUAAGUUUGGUCUUUUUUGGGGCAUUCACUUAACUUUGAGUAAAGGUGAUGAUAUAUUUCUUCUAUUUUGGACCUUGAUGUAGAGUAAGCUAAUAACAAAAUGAUUAUCUGGUGUAUUUAUGAUUUAAUAUCGUUUUGUAUAUGUUUUAAAACUAAGAUUUUGUUUAACAAUUUCCAUGUUUGAGAAUUAGUUCACCAUUUCUAUUUUAUGAUUUCUUCAUGUUGUUGUGGCCUGUGGGUUAUUUCUAGGUUCAUGAUUUCUAUGAUUGAGAAUUCGCUAACCAUUGUGAGAAUUCUAAUCUGUUUAAAUACUACUUGCAUCAUCUCUAUAAAUCUAUUAAAAAAUUUAUUUGUACUUUUAUUUCAUCACAUCAUUAUUAGUUAUUGGUUUUUGUCUUUCUUUGAGUCCUUUGGUUUCUGUAUAUUACCUGACCAUCAUCAUCCAUUUCCAUCUACACUAAUCACAGUUAUUUUGGUAACUUUGACAAUUUUUAUUUUCUAUUUUUACUUCAGGGGCUCAGUGAAUAACAAAUGGAGAAGCAACUUUUGUAUCUGCAAAUUAUAUAAAGAAAUAGAAUAGAGAAUGAAGCUGUAAAUGUUCUUAGUCUACCCCUCAACAACUCCAAUAGAAACAACAUCAAAGACUACAUGGGUCACGUAAGCAUACCUAAUUGCAUUCAAUGUAAAUUCAGAUAUUUGAUUUUAGACUUGAUAUCACUAGGCUUGAUGCCAAGAACAAAGACCUAUGUCAGUUAGAUCCCCCUCUUUAUGUUUUCUACGAACACAUACACCCCAUUAGGUUUAGACCGCGAGUUGUUUGAUUUGAUUUGGGGAGUUUUUAGAAUAAACUUGAAUCUUUUUAAUCAUAUUUCCGAGUUUCUACAGGUUCUAUAUGUUUUAAUCUGAUUCAAUAUGAACGUAAGUCCCUUCAUUUUUUUCUCUUACUAUUUUUCUACUGAAAUGACUAUAUCAUACUUUUCUGGUAUGAUUUUUAUGUUCUUAUCAACUUAUCUGUAUGUGCACGUAUUAUGGUAUUGAUGAUAAUUGGAUGGUAUGUUUUGUAAAUCACAUAUACCCGCUUCUAUUGUAAUAAUUCUGUGAG